AUGUCUAGUCUCCACAGUGCUCAAAGUCCACUCACGACGAGCACCCUUGCUGCCACUGGUGAAGCUUUCGCGACUGAGACUCCCUUUUCCAACUCGAUCGAGGCAAUCCGUGCGCGACUACAGAAUGCGGUGCGCAAUAUCGACAAUAUCGUGGGGGCCGCACAGCGUGCCCCCAGUCCCUCCGCAUUCAGAAGUGCUGCUGCGGGUGCGGAUGUCUCAUCCCCACGAGUUGACCGCUGGGAGGUCAAGGAUCCGGGCGAUGGACGACGACUGCAUGGCGGCCCGACGAGCUGCGCUGCGGCGCUGGCCCUGCUGAGAGCCAGGCAAGAGUCCGCUGCUCCUAGGAGCGCAGAAGCAGGCACCUUGCCGGCAUGCCAGUCAUCAUCAACGCCACAUUCAGAUCAGGUGAGCAAGGGCUCGCCUACCCCAGGCCCCUCUGUUGCCACACCAUUUACGGCCUCUUACUCCCGCGAGAGCGCCUCCACUGCUAGCGCCGCGACCGAGGCCGGGACGGUGCUCUCGGCCACCUAUGCCGCAGCCCUGGACUUUUGGCGGGUCCAUGGCCGGCGCACCUACCGGCCUGCACCGAUGGCGCAAGCGGGUCUCACCGCAGCCCCCUUGGCGGAUGCAGCUCUUGCGUCGGCUGCCGCCUCGACAGUCUCUCCAGCACCGGUAGCAGGUGCUCACAAUGCCCACACUGCGGCAUCUAUCACCUUCGCGCCGCCGCCAUACUCGAAGGGGCAACGCUCCGCUGCAAAUACCAACUUCGCAGAAAGGGCGCACACCAACACGGACAUCCUCGCUGACACUGCCGUCGAGCCUGCACGGUUGUUUAACACGUUGUCGACGGCUGCAGCGACGGCGACGGCGCAGACGGACCACAGGGCAAUUUUCGCUCCGCUAUCUUGGCCGCCUGGAGCUGCGCUGCCGACGUCUCUUGCUGCCACGACGCCGUCCACGACGAGAUCAAGGUCGCUGACGCCUGAUUGCAGUCGCACCCGUCACACACAGCCCCCGCGGGCCUUAGCGGAUGACUCGUACUUUUCCACGACCGCACCAGCCCCCCUGCCGUUGCCGUCGUCGGUGACCACCUUGUCUGCGCGGCUGGCGGCACUUCGCGCUGCCGACACGGCUCAGUGCAGUUCUAUGCUCGCGCAGCAGAGGCAGCGACAGGAAUGGCCUCAUGAUGAGAAGAGACACGUUUCCUCGGGGACUUCGGCGCUGGCGACCCACGCUACCGUUCCGUUGGCGGACUACGGUGUUCGCGCGCACCGAGGCACCGAGGCAAGCACCAGCGAGUACUUUGACACGAAUACCGCCCCCGUGCACCACCGGCAAAAGCGGGCAGAACCGCAGCAUCUACCGCAGAGCAGUGUCGCCGUGGACACGAGCUCCACCAAUGCUACUUCGGAUCACAACUGGCUGGUGUGCAGCCCCUCGUCGAAACCUGCGACAUCGCCAACCGCGAAGACGCGGCAGGCACAGCGAGCCAGUCGACGAGAUGAGACCUCUUUCAUCGUCUCGCUCGCCCAAGACAUGCAGGCGGCCCGGGAAGAGGCGUGGCGCGAUGCUCAGGACAGCGUGAAACUGGAGCCUCCGGUCCGGCCGCCACCUCUGCCUCCUCUCGACACUUCCGGGCUGGCGAGGUACACUCCGCCUUCCCGGUUACCCGAGCAACGCGGCGGCGGCAUCGUCAACAAGCCGCUCUGCGCUCUCGCAACCACCGCCGACACAAGAUCGGGCACCGCUGUCGCAACUGCAUCUUCACGCGCGUUGACGUCGUCAACCGCACCACUUGACGCACUCCAGGCAGGACUCUUGCCGUCGGCGAUUGUGAUGGCCGCCGUCGGCGGGGGCGCGGCGGGGAACGAGUCGCUGCCGAUGCACGAGGAGUUGGCGAUGCGUGAGCGACUGGCUGCGCGACGGCAGCGGCAGAGUGAACACGCACUCGUCGUGCACGAUGGGGCGGCAGAGCACCAGAGGCAGCGCUACGAGCGCCUCAGCGACGUCCGCGAUCGCGACGUGGCCGAACACCUCCGCGGCGAGACGGCUCGGCAGACGGCGGUGCAGGUUGCUGCGCAGGCCCGUGUGGCACAGGUACGUGCCGCGUUGCCAGACCAGCCGGAAGCCGUGACCAGUGACGAGCUCGUCGCUAUUCGCCUGCACGCACAGCAGCUGGAGCGGAUGCGAGAGCAGACGCAGUGGAUGAUGGGGCGGUCGCCUUCGCUCCAUGUGGGAGCAGCCCCCGCGCCUGCAGUCGAUGCGGUGUCCACGACGGACUCUUCCUCUUUGCUGAUUCCAGCGGCUACAAGUGGCAAGGCCUGCGGCAUCGCAGCAGCUCAGCGUGGGCGCAUCAAGGAGGAGGUCUCAACGCCAGCGCAGCAGACGCGCACCGCCGCUGGUAAAGAGAAGCAUCCACAUAACCCAUCUGAGAAGGUCGUGGCUACCGCAGCCGCAACGCGCACUCGCUACAGUGAUGCAACUAUCGACCCAAGCGUUGUGGCUGGUGACGGUCUCCGCAGUGCUGGUGCGCCAUCUGCGUCGACGCCGAUCACCGCUGCCGCUGAGCGGGAGGCAACACCAGAGCAGACCAUGGCGACACAUCGAGCCUGUCCGUCCUCCUCCCAGGAUCUCGUGCAGAGACACGCGGCAGGGUCGUGCCAGCACUGCUCGGCUACGCCCGCUCACGCCACCGGGCAGGUCGCAGGAGAGGCCGUGAAUGAAACCGAGAGAUCUGCUGGCGGCUCCCUGGACGAGGACUUGCUGACUUCGACGCAGCUACCACCUCCUUCGUCCGACGUUCAAGUCAAAGCCGUGAGACGGGCGAAGACGUCAGCGCCGUCUACUGUCAAGCUGCAGAGAUCUGCGUCGUCGCCCUCGGCCUCUCGCGCCGAUGGCGUUGGCACGGGGAAGCCGACUUGGGCGGCGUCGGUGCAGCCUUCCAUCUCCGCGUCCUCCAACGCCGCAUCGUCACCGAUACAGCGUCAGAACGCACUUACGGUGUCCGCAAAUGAUGACGCGGAGCGCGACUUAAUCUCGUCACCCCGGUCGGGCAGAUACAGCGACCGCGGCGGCAAAGCCACCGGGUCGACAGCACCGGAUCGGAUCGCCUCGAUUCAGUCCACCCAUCUCUACGUCUCCGCGAGUCGCGGCACGGCCUGGCAAGAUGAUUCGACGGCGUCUGACGCGUCAUCCUCGUCCUCUUCCCGGCUGCCGGUGUCUGUGUCGCCGUUUCGGGCGUUACGCAGCGCCUCUGGUGCUGGAGGCAGCGCGAGGCCACCGGUUUCACGGACGCGCAGUCCGCUGUACGACGGCCGCGUAGACUCCACUCGCUCUGCCUCUCUGCACCGAUGCGCCACACUCGCUGGGGAUGGCGCGCGCCGCAGUGGUGCUGGUCGAACAGGCAGCAGUGCGCUGACCUCCUCUUGCGCAGCGACGAGUCCGACUUUACGAAGCAAAGCGACAGAUCCGUUGCAGGCACACCGACGCGCCGUGCAGCACGAGGUGGACAAGCGCACCGCCUUGCGUGCUCAGGCCAUGCUUUCGGAGCAUGGCGUUGCUGUACAUGUCCAGCUCGUGGGACACCGCGUGCCGUCGCUGGUGAAGCUGUCGAAGGACGAGAAAGAGCUACUGUUCUACCUCGAUCGCGUUGAACAGGUGCCACUGCCGACACCGCGCGCCUCUCCGCUGACGUCGUUGCCUGCCUCCUCGGCCGAGUUUGCAUCUCGCUCCUCGUCGCCUGCGACCGUCUUGUCGCGUCUACCUGGGACCGGCAGUGCGCCAGCCACGAUGAGCCGAGUAGCACAGCCGUCUGCCUCCUCGUCUCCAGCGGCAGCACAGCCACCCCGCUUCCAUCCACCGCGCCUCCCUGGCGCUGCGGCUUCUGUUGCACCAUCUAUGCAGCCGCACAACGGUCUGGUCAAGACGCCACCCGUUGACACGUUCGUGAAGGGGAAGGCAAUCGCGGGGCGAGGCGGCGUCGUCGUCGGGGCUCCGCCGCGCGGCAUUGCACCGUCGCUCUCUUCACCGCAACAGCAGCGGUUAGUUGCUGCCGCACCGCCACUGCGCGGAGGUGCCGUGCCGUUCCCGUUCCCGUCCCCGCCGCCACUCACGCCGCACAUGGCGGCGGCCACGCUGCUGAGACGGGACGUGUCCCCUUGCGCUGCCGCCUCGACUCUGCCGAUACGUGUGCGGGAGCUGCAUCACUUUCCGUGCUCGUACUCUCGGGUGUACGUUCCAUUCGGCGUCAUGGGUUAUGAGAGCGACCUCGGUCUUGGCGGGCCGGGGACUUGGGAGGAUGUCGGCGGCAUCCUCUGCGGACCCGCCAGCUUCGAGGUCCUUCGGCGCUACCGCUGCCCGCUGUUUGCCGAGGUACGGGGGCCGUUAUGUGCUCCAUAUCGAGUCUACCUCAUCAUCCCCCAGUUCAAGCGGAUCGACGUGCCGCAGGAUGCAGUGCUGCUCGUGCUUGACUUCCAGCAGCGCAUCGACUGGGUGCUCUUCCUGUUGGCGAUGCAGCGCGAUGUGGCGGACAGAGGUGAUUGCGACAUCGGCGUUCUCGCAGACUCGUCGAGUCUCAGCGACGGCGCUGCGCGAUCGCCGGUUCUGUCGUACGGCCGUGCUCUGUGGAUGCUGGCAGUGCAGCGCCUCCAGCGGGCACGUGCGCUGCGCGGGAUGAACCCCUUCGAGCUUGACAGGAUGUGGCCCGCCCACUAUCUCGGCCAACGCGAAAGCCGAGGGGCUGCGAGAAGAAGCGGGCGUGGCGCGCCGUCUGUGGCACCAUCUUCCCUCGCAAAGAGUAUGGUUUAUCCGCUGGCGGGAGGCGCUGCUGCAACCUGUGGAUCCGACGCCCGGCCAUCGACUCGGAGCGGCCGCAGCCGCAGUGCUGGGCCCAAGGCACGUGCUUCAUCAGCCGAGCGCAUCUCUGUGCCUCCUCGCGGGAGAAACAACUCACCGGCCCGCCGCAGAGACCCGGGAGUGGACUUGGGGUGGGACGUCUCGGCGGCGGCGGAGGGAGUCACCAGAGGGAGCCGCCGGGGCAGUGGCUCUCGCUUUUGGAACCCCCGGCAGUGUACGUCCCCCGCGCGACCGCAGACGUUCUCUACAUCACGAGCGGGGGCAGCAGUGGUACCAGUGACCUCGCAAGGAGCGUCGAAGCCGCGAUUUGAGCUGCUGAAGCGUGUGUCACGCAGUCUAGGCGUCAGCAGACACGGCAAAGGCAGCUGA